AUGCCGGGGGGAACCUUUGAUCCAUAUGACUGGCAAUCUUUCUAUUUCGGAAAGAUGAGUAGGGAUGAAGCUCAGCGAAGACUAUCGCGUGAAGGCGUUGCUGUGGGCACUUUCCUAUUACGCGAUAGUUCUUACCCGGGUGAUUUUUCUCUGAGUGUUAGAGAAUCAAAUGAUGAAAACAUGGUAAGGCAUUACUUGAUCCGAAAAAUAGAAAAAGAAGAUGGAACUUCCGAAGUGAAAAUAGCUGAGCAAAACUUCUUUGAUAUUGCCACACUAUUGAACCAUUAUAAGAUGAGAAUCUUAGACCAGGCUUCUCUGACAGUACCUUAUAGGAAGGAUCAUAUCGAGAAGGUUGUCGCGAUCCAUCGUUUUGAUGGAGAAAGAGAGUGUGACUUACCAUUCGAAGCUGGAGAAGAGCUGGAAAUUAUAGAAAAAACAGAAAACCAGUGGUGGCAAGCUCGUAACGCUCUCAACCUGGUUGGUCUCAUACCUGCGAACUAUGUCACAUCUUUGAUAGAUAAUGAUAGGGAAGCUAAGGUACGAAGUCAGUCUUCAUAUGAAAGUUCUGCGGGUGAUGAAAGAUGUAGCGCAGUCUCCACAGGCAGUGAUAGCCAGGAGGACCAUUUCGAGCCAUCUCUUCCGUCGAUAGCAAAAAUAAUAUUUGAUAGACAACCUAACGCUUAUGAUUCUACUCAGCUAAAACUGCAGAAAGGUCAUACCAUAAAAAUAAUGAAGAAAAUGGAUAACGGUCAAUAUCAAGCUGAACUCGACGGUAAAGUAGGAUUCGUUCCUUUCACAUACGUUCGCUUUAACCGGCCAUAA